AUGAUUAAAUUCAGAUAUAAUUUAUCAAAUGUUUUAGCAUUUUCAAGAUGCUAAUCCUUUCAAUUUAUAAAUUAAUCAAAAUAUAGAUUUUCUAAUAUUGAAAAAGAAAAUGGAGAAAGUCAAGAGAAAUAAUAAACAAAGUUAGAAAAAUAAAAGAUUUCAAAAAAAUAAGGUUAUGUUGCAAAAAUGAGAGAAGAAGUAAUUACAAAUGCAAUUGUAGCAUCUUUGAAAGAGAAAAGUAAGAUGAAGGCAAAAGAGGAAUAUCGUGCAGCUAUUUUAUUUGAAGAAAUUUUAAAUAGAGAAGUUGAUAUCAAUUUAUAUGACACUAAAGGUAGGGCUUAUAUAAUAUCUACAUUAUGGAAUAUUUUUUGGAUUGCUUUUGCUAGUUUGGGAUUGUACACAAUAUUUAGAGAUGAUUAAUGGUAUAAAAAAAAUAUGGAAAUCUUUAAAGUUGUUAUUACUACUGGAUUCAUAUUGACUAGGGUUAUAAAAUAGAGAUAAUUUUAUAAAUAUUAAGUUGAGAAGGUAAUUUAUAAUACGAAAUCAAAAUAAUUUACAAUCACAAAGAGAAAUAUAUUGGGAAUAAAAAAAGAUUAAGUAUUACAAAAAGAUCAUAUAUUAUAUACAUCAGAUAAAGACUUAAAUUUUAAAAAGAUAAAUUAUAUCAAUAUCAAUACUUUAGAAUGUUAUGGAAUUGGAUUUGAUUAUGCUUGGUUAAAGAAAGAUUUAUUUUCUCAUUUGAUUUAGUAAAAUAUAUCAUGA